ACUGUGAUCAUCAUCGUCGUCAGUGGAAGAAGUGGUACUACGCUGUCUCUGCACACGUUGACAUCCAUUCAACACACAGAGUGGGCUCAGGCUGGCAGGUUGCUGCACAAGCACCAUGGAGGACAGGACACCCAAGGAAGAGAGCAGCGGCAGCAGCAGCACCCAUAAAGGACAAGAAUCGCAGUCUUACCAACGGAGGAUGUGGAAAAAUUUCACAGGGAAAACCAAACCGUGGCUGAGUCCGAAAUUGGGCUCCGAGCGUCGAAGUUCCGGAGGGGCAGAUGGCAGUAAGAAGGAAUCGGGUCUGUGGAUGUUUAAAAGGAAAAAGAAACAGAUGGACCGCGUCUUUUCGUCGUCCCAGCCCAAUCUGUCCAGCUCUCAUCCGCCGUCGUUCAAGGGGGGCGAGUCUCCUGGAGGUGACCCGCUCCCCGGUACCAGCGCAGGGGGUCCCAUGCAACCCCUGAUGGGGGCAGCAGCCGGACCUACAGGGAGCAAGCCUGAGCUGACCACGCACGGCAGCCCCAAGCUCGCCGUAACUCAGCUGAUUCUGUCCCAACAGAAGAGCUCCUCUCUCGGCUCGGCGUGCUUCGAGAAGCUGGUGGUGGACCCAGCUGUGUUGGCGUUGGGCGAGGAGGCUGAGUUGCGUAAAAACGCAAGCGACUCGGGCAUCAGCAUCGUGGGACCGAGUACUGUAGAAUCGCCUCCGAGGCCUUCAUGUCCAGCCAUGUUCCAGCUGGACAUCAUCCUGAAGAAAGGCAACAACCUGGCCAUCAGGGACAGGACAGGAACCAGCGACCCGUACGUGAAGUUCAAGAUCGGGGGGAAGGAGGUGUUCAAGAGCAAGACCAUCUUCAAGAACCUCAACCCGGUGUGGGACGAGAGGGUCAGCCUCCUGGUGGAGACGCUGAGGGAGCCGCUGUACGUCAAGGUUUUUGACUACGACUUUGGCUUUCAAGAUGACUUCAUGGGCUCAGCACAGGUCCACCUGGAGUCCCUGGAACAUCAAAGGAUCCUUGACUUGACCCUUGACCUCGGGGACCCACAGUACCCUGACCAAGACCUUGGCACCAUCGAUCUGGGCAUCACUCUGUCACCAAAAGAUGGGGACAUUCGAGAAACCACCAUGCUCACGGGGAAAAGUUGGAAACGGUCCAGUAAGAACCAGAGCAUGCGUCUCUCAGACGUGCACAAGAAGUCCCAGCUGUGGCGCGGCAUCGUGAACAUUGGUCUGAUCGAAGGGCGCCGCCUCAAGGCCAUGGACGACAACGGGCAGAGCGACCCCUACGUCCGCUUCCGCAUGGGCCACCAGAAGUACAAGAGCAAGGUUUUAGCUAAGUGCCUGAACCCCCAGUGGAGGGAGCAGUUUGACUUCCACCUGUACGAAGAGCAGGGUGGCUACAUAGACAUCACCGUCUGGGACCGGGACCAGGGCCGGAGGGACGACUUCAUGGGCAGGUGCACCAUAGAUCUGUCCACCCUGGCCCGGGAGCGGACCCACAAACUGGACCUCCCCCUGGAGGACGGGGCGGGCGUUCUGGUUCUCCUGGUCACCCUCACCGCCACCUCCGCCGUCUCCAUCUCGGACCUGUCGGUCAACGCGCUGGACAACCCCUACGAAAGGCACCAGAUCGCACAGAGAUACGGCCUGAUGAGGUCGCUCAUCAACCUGAAGGACGUGGGCAUGGUGCAGGUGAAGGUCCUCAGGGCGGAGGGCCUCAUGGCCGCAGACGUCACAGGGAAGAGCGACCCCUUCUGUGUAGUGGAGCUAAGCAACGACCGCCUGCAGACGCAGACCGUCUAUAAGAACCUCAGCCCUGAGUGGAACAAGGUCUUCACCUUUAACAUAAAGGACAUCCACUCCGUGCUGGAGGUCACCGUUUAUGACGAAGACCGGGACAGAAGCGCAGAUUUCCUCGGAAAAGUGGUGAUUCCCCUCCUCAAUAUCCAAAAUGGAGUACGCAAAGCCUACGCCUUGAAAAGCAAGGAGCUGACAGGGCCAACAAAAGGGGUCAUCUUUCUCGAAAUAGACGUGAUUUUUAAUGCUAUAAAGGCCAGUAUCAGGACCAUCAACCCCAUUGAGCAGAAAUAUAUCGAAGGGGAGUCCAAGAUGUCCAAGCAGCUGCUACUGCAGAACUUUAACCGCGUGCGACGCUGCGUCAUGGUUCUGAUCAACGCGGGAUGCUUCAUCAACAGCUGCUUCCAGUGGGACUCGCCGCAGCGGAGCAUCUGUGCGUUUGUGCUCUACGUUCUCGUCGUCUGGAACUUUGAGAUCUACAUGAUCCCGCUGGUGCUGCUGCUGCCGUUGGUCUGGAACUAUUUACUCAUCGCUUCGGGGAAGGAUACCAGGCAAGAUGUGCAAGCUGUGGAGGACCUGCUGCAGGAUGUGGACGAUGACUUCGACAAAGACGACAAGGACCCUAAACCUGGCUCAUGGGACGAUGGCGGACUGCCGGAAAGCCAUAUCCUCCAGGAUAUAUUGGCUUCCUGGCACUUUGAAUGGAUCCGGGUGAUGGUGGACUCGGAGAGAAAGGGCUUCAUGGACAAGCUGUAUGCCAUUCAGGACGUGUGCGUGAGCGUGCAGAAUGCGCUGGGUGAAGUGGCCUCCUAUGGCGAGAGGAUAAAGAACACAUUUAACUGGACCGUGCCUUUCGUGAGCUGGCUGGUGGUGGUGGCGUUGGGUGUGGCCUGCAUCCUGCUCUACUACAUCCCCCUGAGAUACAUGCUGCUGGCCUGGGGGGUCAACAAAUUCACCAAGAAGCUGCGAUCGCCGUACUCAAUUGACAACAAUGAGCUCCUGGACCUUCUGUCUCGAGUGCCCUCGGACGUACAAUUGGUGCAGUACCAUGAGCUGAAACUGGAUCCCAGUCUCAGUCCAAAUAAAAGGAAGAAAAACCCCCCUGGCUCGGAGGGGCUCGGCGGGAAUAUGUCUCCGGCCGUGUCAUACAUUGGUCAGGGCGAGGGCGCGUUCACACGGUCAGGGCCCGCUCUGGCCCAGUGACAUGUAGAGCGAGCCGGUGUGUCCCUGUGUUUGAUAGCAAACAAGCCUUACACUACUUUUACAACCCUCGGUAUCAUCCUGUUUUUGUAUUUUAUUUUGUAAUGUUUUUUAUUUUUAUUUGAUUGUGGUCAGUCGCUCUUGGUGAUAUGUGUAUGGGUCGAACUCUGCUUUUAUUAACUACGACAUGGGCUGAGUGGAUGCUGCUUUGACUUGCUUUAUGUUCAGUGGCCGAUCAUUUGUGUCAUUCUGCUUUACUGCUCACUAGCCCACAUUAUAUAUUAUUCCAUGGGAUUCUGUCUCUUGCCUAAACAUGGUUUUGUAGCACAUACUGUGCUAACGUGGGUUAACUCUCUCAUCCAAUAGUCAUCUUUCGACUGGCAGCCAGUAGAACAGAACAGUGACUAAUCACAUCGACUCGGCAGAUGGAGAUUGCAUCAUUUUCCCCUGCCACGUCAACCACCAGCAGUCAGUCAGUCAGUCAGCCAGUGAGUCAGCCAGUCAGUCCGAGUGAAAUGUCCACUUAUUCCCUCAAUCUGUCAAGAAGUUAGCGAGAGGCUGGGCUUGUUCCAGCUGAUAUAGAUGUCACCGUGCCCGGGUGUCGCCAGACAGACAGGCCUUUAGGCGUACACACACAUGGCCUAAUCUGCUUUGAAAGGCUGCUCUCCUCUGCUCAUCUACCCAUGUGUUUGUGUCAGUAGGCGUGCAUGCAGUAUACACUCACACACACACACACGCACACUGCCUUACAAACUGACAAACAUGCAUGCACACACACCCACACAUGCACACAGCCUUACACAAGGACACAUGCACGCCCACACACACACACACACAAACACACACACACAAACACACAAACACACAGAUAGACUAGUGCACACAUCGGAGAAACACAACCACACAUACACACACACACUGGAUGCAAACAUACAUGCGCAAAUUAGUGCAUGUGUAUGUGAAUGUGAGAUUCUCUCAUGAAACAUAUUAUGCAUCGAACAACACAUACAAUUGUAAAUGCACUCUCUUUAAAAUGCAUUCACACACACACAUGCUCUCCCCCCUCUGUUCAUCUCUCUCUGAUGCUGUGCCCCGGGCUGGCCGCGUUCCCCACCCGCCCCACCUCCUGUGCCCACAGCUCAACUUUGAUCUCUCGUUUGGAGUAGCAGGGGGUCCUGUGUGUGCACUCUCGGCGCGUCUGUGUUUGGGUGCGAAAUGCGUAUGAGUGUACGUGUUUACGGAAUCAAAGAGCUAUUGCGCUGCUCUCUGCGGUGAUACGUUCCACAAUGGUCUCUCUCUUGCUCUCUCUUCCCUUGAGCUGUACACUGAUGUGGGCACUAAUGUGUUCGAGUGCUUAUGCAUGUGCACACAGAACAACAAAAUGUGCAUGUGCACAUCUAAGCCGCUGUAAGACAACUGUAGACUCUUGUAGACCGGGGUUUGAGAUGUCAGGCCGCGGUGUGUGUCUGUGUGUGUGCAUUUGUGUGCGUGUUGGUGUCUGUCUUGCUACUUUACAUCCCCCAUUUAUUUUCCGAUCAUCCCUCUCUCGGUUUGCUUUCUCUGCGGCUCCCCUCUCAUUCGUCAGAGAGCGAGGUUGCGACCUCUGUCUGAAGCCGGUCUCCUGGGCCUCUCUCUUCCCCCAGCAUCUGUUGAAAGAUCACAGCGCUGCCUCCAUCCGCGGAGGCCGCCGUCCUCGCCUCCUCCUCCCCACAUUCGACUUCUCUUCUUUCGCUUAAGUCUCCAUGAUCUGUGUGCGCUCCCUCCUCCGUUCCAUCAUCCUGUCUGUCUGUCUGUGCAUCGCUUCACAUUCACCCCUACUUGCGCUCUCUCUCUCUCUCUCUCUCCCUUCAUUCUCUCCAUCAAACCGUCCGUCUUCAUUCUUCAAUAUCAACAGGCUCCCAUGGGUCAGUCCAGAGAGUCGUUGUGCCCAAUCCACUUGAAAGACAAUGCAAGACAGACCGCCCCCCCCCCCCCCCCCCCCCCCCUCUUUUGGACCCCACAGAAGUGCCGCAGAUUGAUUAUGGUCCGCCACGCCACACAAGACUUUGUCACUUUUCGGAUCGCUUAAACAAGGGCCCUUUUUGAGCGCAGAAAUAUGUGUUUACUCAUGUAUGCAGUAUCAUUUUAGAGUUAGAUUGAGUGUGGUAUGACUCCAAAUGUCUUUUUUUCAUUUUGUUUAUUUUGGGAGGGGUAGGGUGACAUUAUUUAAGCUAUGUUUGGAAGCGAACCAAAGUGUUUUUAUUUUGUAUGAUGCAAGAAAAUAUGUGAUGCGAGAAAAUAUAAGGAAUGUAACGGAUGACGGAAGAUGUAAAGUGAGGAAAAGGAAAGAAGGCACCUUUAUUUGCACCAUGUUUAGACUAUUUAUUUUUUAAAUGACAAUGUGCAAAGCUGAGCAGUAGCCCAUUUCUAGUUGUGAUUUUCUACAGUAUGCCUAUCCAUGGUCUGGUUUUGAUGAUCUUGUGAAGUAGGCGUAUGCCUGCCUCCCUGUCUCUGGGAGCUUCUCUUUCUGCCUGCGGUGUUGCCUGCCUGUGAUGUCAUCAUCAUGCGACCUGUUCCCACCAGUGACGUUUCAGGGCCGGUCAUGGGACUAUAUGGGGGUGGGUGGGGUGUGUCUUGGGGUAGGGAGAUGUUUAUGAAAAAAAAUUACGUUCUGUUAUUUUUUUCUGGUUUGAGCAAAUAUGUAUUGCGCCAAAAAUGUAUGUCAAUGAUUUUGAAAGAUUAAAUAUUUUUAAAUCA